GUCUUGGCCUCCAGCUUGGCAAGGUUUGGCGCCGUUGCCAGCUGCAAUAAGCAUGCACUACGCAGCCAACCGGGAUCUGUAGUGAUCUCCGUGCUACACCUCACCAUGCAGGUUUGUUCCUUUUACUCACGCUCUUUGACACUUCUUUCUUGACUGCGUUGCGUUGGCACUCUAGCCUGGGCAGAGGAAGGUCCUCCCCUCCCUCGCUCUUUGCAACAUCUACCGCAGGAGCACCGCGGUCAUUCCACCGUGUUGACACUACUCCGUCCAACAGGAGAGCGCAAGCAGAGCCAUUGGCAAAACAAGCCGAGGCGUGUACCGCCGCCGCAUCCUGUCACUUUCUUAUUUUCCCUAGGGACCUACGGCGCACUCAUUCACACCGCCAUGGCGAGUGAACGCUACCGUGGCGGCCGAGUAUUCGCCCGCAAGUCUGGCGCUUCCAAACCUACACCUGCCGGCGAAAUCCAACCUCAGAUCGAAGCCCAACAGUCUCCCGAAGACGGAGCUGUGCGGGAGAAACAACAGCCUCAGUACAACGAGAAAGGUCAACGGAUCAAUCACAAUGGGCACGUAGUCACCAAGUGGAUCCAUCCGGACGGCGAGAGUGGCCGCUCGUGGUUUCAUCCAUGGCACUUCUUCCGUGUUUGCUUUCGUUCCUCCUGUACCGCAUCGAAGCUAACCAACUUCCUCUGGCCAUUUACGCUUGCAGCUUUGGUGCUGCACUUCAACUACGAGCAUGAGCACCAUCUGUGGGUGUUUAUCACUGCUUUCAUCGGCAUGGUGCCAGCCGCGAAUUUGGUCGGCUUCGGCGGUCAAGAGCUGGCGAGGAAGAUGCCAAAAGUGGCGGGCAUCAUUCUCGAGACGACUUUCGGGAGCAUUGUGGAGAUCAUCCUCUUCAUAGUAUUGAUCAAAGGAGGUGUACAAAACGUCCCAGUCAUUAGAGCAGCUAUACUGGGAAGUAUCCUAGCGAACUUGCUGUUCUGUCUUGGCUUGUGCUUCUUCAUUGGAGGCAUCUUCUGGCCGCAGCAGACGUUCCACGAGGCCAUCAGCGAAGUGGGUAGCAAUCUUAUGCUUGUCGCUGCCGUCGGCCUCGUCAUUCCCACGAUCUUCUACAACUCCCUCUCUGGCCGCUUACCCCCGGAACAGAAUGACUCGGAGACGUUGCGCAUAUCACGUGCGGCCGCUAUCAUUCUGCUCGUCGCAUUCCUGGUGUACAUCUGGUUCCAGGCUAGAAGCCACCACGGCCUCUAUGAAGACAUUCUCGAGGCGGAUGAAGAGCGGGACCACGACCGACACAAAGACCUGCAGAAGCCGAAACUCACAUUCACCGAAGCCUGUAUCGCUGUCGUCAUCGCACUUACCUUUGUCUCCUUCAUGGCCGUCUUCCUCGUGCAGGAGAUCGAGUUCAUGGUACACGAAAGGCACAUCUCGGACGCCUUCAUGGGUCUCAUCCUCGUACCUAUCGUGGAGAAGGCAUCCGAGCAUCUGACCGCCAUCGACGAAGCCUACGACAACCAAAUGAACUUCGCCCUUUCCCACGUCCUCGGCGCCAGCAUCCAGACCGCCCUGCUCAACACGCCCUUAGUCGUGCUUGUGGGCUGGGGACUGGGAGUCGACAUGAGUCUCAACUUCGAGCUGUUCGACGCUGUCGUGCUGAUCCUGGCCAUCAUCGUGGUCGGCAAUUUCCUUAGAGAUGAAAAGAGCGACUACCUCGAGGGCGCGUUGUGCGUGUUUGUGUAUAUAUUAAUAGCGGUGAGCGCGUGGUACUAUCCUGAUCCGCCAAGCGCGACGGAGACGAGCAGUGCGGCGAACAAUGUCACGGAGAUCACCACCGAGGCUGUGCAUAGGCUGUUACGGAUCUGAAGGGUUUGUUGAUCAUUCGGCAACAUUGCGCAGACUGAAUGGGGCCUAUAGCGAGGUGUAUGGGGAGACUGAUAAUCAAAUGUCACCUAGGAUUGUUCAGACUGCGUGCCUCGUGCUGCCCGAAUCGAUACCUCAAUAUCUCGAGGCCCUCCAGACCACAUUGGACCUUUCAGCACGGCCUGUGUAUGGACAAAGCUUUGUGAGUAGAUACCGGCUAAUAUCAGUGAUCGUGCCACUCGCUUGUUCCUGGCUAGUG